UUCACGUUUAUCUCCCUUUGCACGGUAUUUGCCUAAGCAAGAGGGCUACCAAUUAUUCGAAACUGCAUUCGUGGACAGCUGAGAAUACGUUCUCAUCACAUCACAAUGCGAGGUUGUGUGGGAUUUGAGAACUGGAACACGUUCCCUGCACCAGAACAGCGUUUCGAAUACACGGAUACUGUCUGGAAACGAAUAGCUAAGAUUUAAGCCCGAGCCAGGUUGAGGCUGAAGUUUACAUCUAGCUCUCUUAAAGGGACAUUCCUGAGUUUGCUGCAUUAAUAAUGACUUCACACAGAAAGACUUUAUGUGUUGGAUUAGUUUGUGUUGACAUCAUAAACAUCGUCCAUCAUUUUCCAACUGAAGAUUCUGACACCAGAUGUCUGGAUUGCUUGUGGCAGCGUGGAGGUAAUGCAUCUAAUACAUCAUCAAUCAUCGCUCUCCUGGGAGAACCAUCCGAAUUCAUGGGCACACUGGGAGAUAGCAAAGAAAUCCAUUUCUUGCAGGAGGACUUUGCUAACUAUGGUAUCUGCACAGACAACUGUGUGGGGUGUCGGGAAUGUUGCUGUCCUCUCUCCAUAGUUAUCCUCAACAGUUUGAACGGCUCCAGGACUAUUUUACAUACCAACAAAAAUCUUCCUGAAUUAACACUAGAAGACUUUUCCAAAAUUGACUUGAAUACGUACAAAUGGAUUCAUUUCGAGGCUCGACCAAGCUGUGACGAAAUAAAAAAGAUGCUUCAACGUAUUGAUGAGUACAACAAGGGUACAGAUCACAUUCUACACACAUCAGUUGAACUUGAAAAGCCAGAAAGACCACAGGCUAAUAUUCUGUUUGAUAUGGCUGAAUAUGUGUUUGUGAGUAAGCAGUACGCAAUGCAAUUUAGCUGUAACACUAUGACAGAUGCUGUACAAUGCCUAUUUGAAAAGUGUAGACCUGGUGCUUCUAUCAUUUGUGCUUGGGGUGAACUAGGAGCUGCAGCAAUGAAUAAUCAAAUAGGCGUAGUAACAUGUCCUGCAUUCCCACCUGAAAAAGUUGUUGACACACUGGGUGCAGGAGACACAUUUGUUGGCGGUACAAUUUAUGCUCUUGGCAAAGGAUUGGACUUGAAGAAAUCCAUCACAUUUGGAUGUAAAGUUGCUGGUGCAAAAUGUGGUCUAAUGGGCAACAAGCAUAUAAAAAAUAUAAAACUACAUGUGUAAUAAAAUUACAUUUUCACAUUAACAGACCUGUUCCUGUAGCUGAGUAAGCAAAUUUAAUAAACUUUCAUGUAAGAUAUCUGUAACUCAAAGAAGACAAAAGAAGGAAAUUUGGUGAAUGUUGCAGGUAUACAAUUUUAAUACAACCUGUUAAAUAAAUAUAUUAUUUUUGA